GACUUCUGGUCUCCGACUGGAGGCGUGGGUUCGAAUCCCACUUCUGACACAUCGACUUUUACCGAUCUACAAAGACGUCACAGAAAAUCCCUGGAAAGUUUUUGUUGUGAGGCUGGACUGCGACACGAACCGGCGGUUUGUGAAAGACGAAACCCCCAGGGAGAAGGGCCGAGCAGCGUGACGGUGUGCGGCGUGUUGGGCAUGACGACAGCGGGCAACAGGUUGCUGACAGGCGGUGUGAAGCGGGAAAUAUCCGCAGCUCCUCGGCUGAGAAAACAGACGUUUAAAUACGGAGGCUGCCUCUGACGCGAGCAGACGGGGGCCCAUGCCCGCCUUCAGCUGCCGCUGAGAGGGAGGGGACAGCGAAGAUGGCCGGGGGGAGAGGGCGCCAUUCAAACGGUAUCAGCGCAGCCACGACGGACAGUGCGCCCUUUGUCUGGCGCUGGAAGUUUCCGACCAGCGGAACACAAACAAACGAGUCCGGUGGGCAAACGUUGUUGACAAGACUAUUCAGAAUGAGGAUGUUCUUCAUCGUCAUCUGCGCUCACCUAUGCGGCUCUUUCUGGACGACGCACGCAGAGGUCUUCACAUCCAUUGGUCAGAUGACGGACCUGAUCCACACGGAACAGGAGCUGGUCCUGUCUUUAAAAGAGUACAUCAAAGCUGAAGAGUCCAAACUCAGCGCCAUCAAAAGCUGGGCGACCCGGCUGGAUGAGCUGACCCGACUGUCGACCUCUGACCCCGAAGGCUACCUGGCCCAUCCUGUCAAUGCCUACAAGCUGAUGAAGAGGCUGAACACCGAGUGGUCCGAACUGGAAAGUCUGGUGCUCCAGACUCCCUCAGAUGGCUUCAUUUCCAACAUGUCCAUCCACAGACAGUUCUUCCCAGACGAGGAGGACCAGACGGGCGCAGCCAAAGCCUUGAUGCGCCUUCAGGACACGUACCAACUGGACUCGGAGGCUUUUUCUCGAGGAAAGCUGCCAGGCGUCCACUCCAACGCCAUUCUGACUGUAGAUGACUGCUACGACAUGGGGAAAACAGCCUACAAUGAUGCUGACUAUUACCACGCUGUGCUGUGGAUGCAGCAGUCCCUAAAGCAGCUGGACGCUGGCGAGGAAGCUGUGAUCUCCAAGGCCGACCUCCUGGACUACCUCAGUUACUCUGUUUACCAAAUGGGAGAUCUGCCUCGAGCUGUGGAGCUCACGCGUCGCCUGGUGGCUAUCGAUCCUAGCCACGAGAGGGCGGGAGGAAACCUCAGGUACUUCGAGCGUCUGCUCCUGAAGCAGCGCAAUGAGCUGACUCAUCAAUCUGAUGAGCCUGCUUCUGAGGAGCCCAUCCAGCUGGGAACCUACACCCGACCCAAAGACCACCUGCCCGAGAGGGAGGUUUACGAGGCCCUCUGCCGAGGGGAGGGGCACAAGAUGACGGAAGCAAGGCGCAGCCGCUUGCAUUGCCGCUUCCACAAUGGUAACCAGAACGCCCGGCUGCUGCUGAAGCCCAUCAAGGAGGAGGACGAGUGGGACAACCCACACAUCGUACGCUACCUGGACAUUUUAUCUGAGGAUGAGAUCGAUCAAAUUAAAGAGCUGGCCAAACCCAGGCUUGCCAGGGCCACUGUGCGAGAUCCAAAAACGGGAGUCCUGACCACAGCCAACUACAGAGUCUCUAAAAGUGCUUGGUUAGAAGAAGACAACGGUCCAGUUGUCGCCAAGGUCAACCAGAGAAUUGAGGACAUCACAGGCCUUACUGUGGACACUGCUGAAUUACUACAGGUUGCUAACUACGGAGUAGGAGGGCAGUACGAGCCGCAUUACGACUUCUCCAGGCGUCCUUUUGACAGCAACCUCAAGGUCGUCGGAAAUCGACUCGCUACGUUCCUUAACUAUAAAGAUGAGCCAGAUGCUUUCAAAAGAUUAGGCACUGGAAAUCGUGUGGCAACUUUUUUGAACUAUAUGAGCGACGUCCAGGCCGGCGGUGCCACAGUCUUCCCGGACCUGGGAGCCGUGAUCUGGCCCAGAAAGGGGACGGCUGUGUUCUGGUACAAUAUUUUCAAGAGCGGCGAAGGAGACUACAGGACGAGACAUGCCGCCUGUCCGGUGCUAGUGGGAAGCAAAUGGGUGUCAAACAAGUGGAUUCAUGAGCGAGGACAAGAGUUCAGGAGGCCAUGUGGAUUGACGGAGGUGGACUGAGCUUCAAACAACUCCCGCUGACACACAAGCGCCCCACAGUGCCUUAAUCUCAACCAGGAAGGACCCCAAACUCUCUCUUCUGUGCUCAUUCGUGAGUGGAUCAACACAUUUUCAAUUUGAUUUAAAUGGGCUCCUCCUCCUUUCCUAAAGUAACGGCUGAAAUGUCUGGUGUGUUUGUCUUUCAACACACUCCAGGAGCACAAACGUGGCAGCUCAUCAAAUAUAUAUUGGCUUUUUUGUUUUGUUUUCACUCGACUCAACUUCACCCUACUUCAUAUGACAUGAAGUAGGCACGCUAACAUCUACAUCCCUCAUGUUCCAACAGAAUCCCUUAAUGUAUUUAUGUUUAAAUUAUUGCACUGUGACUGCUGCAUUGUGUGCCGCUCGAACAAAACUGAGAAUAAAAGUUGUUUUUGUUAA